AUGGGGGUUGAAGUUUGCAUGAAUAAACUGUGUAAGGAUGGUUCAAGUGGUGAAUGGAAGAAAGGGUGGUCUUUGAUGUCUGGUGGAUUCGCAAAACUCUGCAACAAGUGCGGACUUGCCUAUGAGAAUUCGGUUUUCUGUGAUGUAUUCCACCGUCAUGAAGCCGGUUGGAGGGAAUGCAGCAAUUGCAACAAGCCGAUUCACUGUGGAUGUAUUGUUUCAAGGUCUUUGUUCGAGUACCAUGAUUCAGGCGGUAUAGGCUGUGUUAGCUGCAUCAAGAUUUCCCAUUUUUGUCCGGAUACUGAAAAAUCUAAUAGGUUUACUCUAUCGACCAAACACAAUGCUAGUGAUCGAUAUGCUGAACGUGCUGGCAAAGGAAACCUAUUGCAGUUGUGUAGAACGGCUGAAGUUGGUGAGUCAAGCCGUUGGCCACAUGCUCAAAGAGAUGGCAUGGUUUCAUGCAACGGUCCAAAAAGCGGAGAAGUUAAGUGUCAAUUCAACAAAGAGGAUCGAGGAUAUUUAAAUGUGAUGAAGCACUCUAGUCCUUUAUCAAUGAUUACUACAUCGAAAAAUAACAGACCAACAUGGGGGGAGACUAAAAAUAUAGAUGAACUAUCGCUGAAGAUUUCUCUUUUUCAGCAAGAGCAACAAUCUCACCCUUUAUUGACUAAGCAAAUGAAGAAUGGGGCUACGAUGAAUCUUGAAGCAAAUAAAGGUUUGAUUUCUCAUGAACGCGUUGGCUGGCCACAUGCUGAUAUGAAAGGGAAAAGUCAGUUACUUUCUCGAUACUGGCCAAGGAUUACUAACCAAGAAUUGGAGAAGUUGUCUGGAGAUUUGAAGUCUACUAUAGUGCCCUUAUUUGAGAAGGUGUUAAGUCCGAGUGAUGCGGGUCGAAUUGGCCGCCUUGUUCUCCCAAAAGCGUGUGCUGAGGCUUUUCUUCCUCCUAUUUCGCAAUCAGAAGGUGUUCCAUUACAGUUCCAAGAUUUGAAAGGGAACGAGUGGACUUUUCAGUUCCGGUUUUGGCCCAAUAACAACAGUAGAAUGUAUGUAUUGGAGGGUGUGACUCCUUGCAUACAGGCGUUGCAAUUAAACGCCGGUGAUACUGUGACAUUUAGUCGGAUAGAACCUGGAGAAAAAUUUGUACUCGGUUUUAGAAGGGCUACGAACUCUAUGGAUACACAGGAUGCCGCUGCAUCAGCUCAUUCAAACGGAAUUUUGACGAAGGACACAAACCUUUCUGGUGGAACUAACAUUUUGAACUCAUUAGAAAAGAAAAAGACUCGUAACAUUGGGCCGAAAACCAAGAGGUUGCACAUUCGUAGUGAAGAUUCUAUAGAGUUGAGACUUACAUGGGAAGAAGCACAAGACUUUCUUUGUCCUCCGCCUAGUGUCAAGCCGAAUCUUGUGACCAUCGAGGACCAAAUAUUCGAAGAAUAUGAUGAACCACCUGUCUUCGGGAGGAGAACUAUAACCAAUACUUGUCAAUCUUCUGCAUCAGAGCAGCUCAGUCCAAAAGAAAAAGAAAAUCUUCUGCGAACCAGGAAAGUUUCUAAAAAGAGAAAAAGUGUCGAGAAGAGGAAGUCGAUGGAGCCAGACAAGCUUUCAAGUCUAGAAGCUCUUGCAAGUGCAGCAAUUUUAGGAGACAAUCUUGCUGAACCCGGCGAGUCAUUAUCAGCUGGAGCAACCACCAAACACCCGAGGCAUCGUCCUGGAUGCAGUUGCAUCGUGUGCAUUCAACCACCGAGCGGACAAGGAAAACAUAAGCCAACAUGCACUUGUGUUCCCUGCGAGACUGUGAAGCGUCGGUUCAAUACCUAUAUGAUGCGUAGGAAGAAAAACAAAUCAGAAUCAUCUGAAGCAGCUGCUUUCCAGAACGAUCAAAUGAAUAGUAGAGAUGAAGCAGAUACCAGUGGCGGCGCAUCAGGACAAGAUACAAGCCACUCAUCGGACGAGGGAAGCCUAAAUGAAGGUCAGCUCGAGGUUGUUGAACCGAAUGUGGCGGGACAGUUAGAUCUGAAUUGUCAUCCCAAUCAUGAAGAUAUGGAAAUGGAUACAUGUGACAAGACAGAUUAUGACUAA